AUGGAAAAAUCCUCAUCAAGAAUGAUAGAAAUCACUGUAAUUUCCGGCGAAGACCUGCGCGUAAACCGGAGGCAACUAGUGAAGAAAAACGCUUUUGUGAUCGUUCAAACCGGUUCAUCAAGAACGACAAAAAUGGAUAAAGAUGGUGGAAGCUACCCAAUAUGGAAUGAAAAGCUUGUUAUGGAAUUACCCAUGCAUGCACGUUUUAUUAAUGUGGAAGUUCAAUGUAAGGCCUUGUCCGGUGGAAAUAAACUCAUCGGAACUGCGAGAAUUCCGGUUUCGGAUUUUUCUGGAGGGUAUCUUCCGGAGAAUUAUCUGAGCUUUUUAAGUUAUAGGUUGAGGGAUAGGAAUGGGGAGAGGAACGGAAUUAUUAAUCUUUCUGUGAAGGUGAUAGGGCCGGAAAAUAAGAGCCGGGUCGCCAGUUGUCCGAGGCCGAGGACGGAGGUUCCGGUGGAUAACAAGGUUUCCGGUGGAAUCGUGGUGGGUAUUCCAGUGCCAUAUACCAUCCUCCACCGUGUUCAACCACCACCGACCCCGUUCAGUUCCUCCAAUAUUUUACCAUUACAAAACAGGGAAAAUCUACGCAAAACCUCACAUGCAUCAAAUACACUACAAGAAGCGAAAGAUGGACUUAAAAGAAGAAAAGGAACUAUAUGUGGAAGUAUGGAUGAUGACAUCCACCAGUCAGAGAUGUGA